AUGAAGGUUCUCGCCAUUCUCUCACAGAAAGGCGGCGUUGGGAAAACGACGCUCGCGACCUGUCUGGCAGUCGCGGCCGAGCAGGCGGGCAAGGUCGCCGCGAUCAUCGACCUGGACCCGCAGGCGACGGCCUCGUUCUGGAAGGACGUGCGCCAGCUCGACACGCCCGCCGUGGCGUCGAUUCAGCCGGUGCGCCUGCCCGCUAUGCUCAAAGCCUGCGAGGACGCCGGCACCGAUCUUGUCGUGAUCGACGGGGCGGCGGUCGCGCGCGACGUGGCCUAUGAGGCAGCGCGUCACGCUGAUUUCAUCCUGAUCCCGACUAAGACGGCCGUGUUCGACACGAUGAGCAUGACGCACACCCUCGACGUGGUGCGCCAGCUCGACCGCGCCUUUGCCGUGGUCCUUACCUUCGUGCCCCCGCAAGGUCAGGAAACUGGCGAUGCGAUUCAGGCCGUGGCGGAGCUAGGCGCGACGGUUUGCCCGGUGACGAUCGGCAACCGCAAAGCCUUUUUCCGCGCCCAAGCCGCAGGCCGGGCCGUGCAGGAGUUCGAGCCGCAUGGGCCAGCGGCCGACGAAAUCCGCCGACUAUACGAGUAUACAAAUAUACGCCUAUACAAUCAGGCGGAGGUGGCGUGA